CCCUGCUGCCGAUGAAGUGGCGACACUCUUCGCGUGAUAAGUGUAUUCACUUAUGAACAACGAUUAAUCAUAAUAUUCAAUAUUCACUCGCAACCGGUAUACAUGAGAUAUCUGUGAAUGUAUCGCAGGCUCGUGAUAACUAGUAGUCCGUGGACGCCAGGGAUCGGGAUUGCAUAAUACGUUUCACGUUUUCUAACACUAGUCAGUUGGCCUAAGCGGUCGGUAGCUCGAUACCUUGUGGGUUUGCUUCACUUUACGAUUAGGCCAUUUGAUGGUACUUUUGGCCGUAUAAAAUACCAAUCGUAGCGGGAUCUAUGAUGACCAGACCACGAAAUCAAGCUGAACAAGAAUUGAAAGCCAGGGCCCGCAUAUAUGUGGCGAACAUACCGCAGGCCGGUAUGUCACGCAAAGAAGUGGUUUCCGUGUUUCAUAAAUACGGAGAAAUAGACAAUGUUUCAUUACAGACAAGACAUGUUUUUGUUCAAUUUGUGGAAGAAUCUUCUGCACUUAAAGCUUUGGCUCAAAAUCCUCCAGAUUAUAUUAUGAGCAAAAAGCUUGAUGUAAAACCAGUAAGACCGUUCUUUUAUAAAAAUGGAGAGCUUGUAAAAAAUGAACGAGCAGCAAAUUUUGAUGCAAAUGAAAAAAGAAACGAUAAUAGGAAUCAACGGAAUCAAGACUUUGAUGAUUUUAAACCUAGCAGACAGUUAAUGAAUCCUAAUCUCAUGAAUCCAAAUGCUCCUAAUGAUUGUGAAAUUGUUGUUACCAAUAAUACUUUAACUGAAUAUGCAGAAUUUUUAGAAGUUAAUUUGAAAAAAAUGAAUAUGAAAGUUGAUUUAUUAUUUCCUAAUCCUGAUAUACCAAUGAAUCGUGUUCUUGGGACUUUAGCACAAAGGGGAACAUUAUAUGUUUUAGUUGUACGCGAUGAAAAUAAAUUAUAUCGUAGUGUAACUGUAGAUAUACUUCAUGGUAUACCUGAAGAACAUAGGAAUAUGCCUUACAAAGAUGCUUUGGCGUUUAUCGUUCAUAGUUUUGAGGCAUUUAUUAGAGGAGAAAAAAUGAGUCCUAUACCUGGACUUGCUGGUAUACCCAUAUCUGAAUGUGGCAUUCCUUUAGGGGAUAAACAUCCUGAAGGAAUUAUCACAUUAUUGAAUUUAUUACAAGACCAACGAGAUCUGACAGUCCUACAGUAUGAUAUGCUACUACAAUAUUUAAAAGAAAAAAAAGAUGACCAUAUCAAAGAAGAAGUUGGUGCUGUGCCUAGUUUUAAACCAAUUACAGCAGAUGUUCCAAUUCUUCCAGCUGCAGCAGCUAUUCAAAAUCCUCAAGCAGCUCAAUUACAAAGUCGUAUUUUGAACAUUUUGAAUACAUCACUUUCUUCUAAUGUUCAACCUCAACCAACAAUUGAACCAAAUGAAACUGAAAAAAAUUCAUCUAGUAUUCUUAAAGAACCUAAUGUGCAAAAAGCAUUAGAAAGCUUAUUCCAAGGGGGUAAUUUACUUAGAAAAUAAAUAAUUUUUAUAAA